GCCCCGCCGCGCCGCCAUGUUGUCGGAGUGAGCGGCCGGGGAGAGGCAGCGGCGAGCGGCCGGGGGGGGCCCGGCAUCCGUCUGCAUCCGAGCGCUCCGCCCGUGAGUACCGGCCCGGGGCCGGCCCCGCCGCGCCGCGGACCCCCGCGGACCCGCCGGUGGGUGUUGGUGGAAUGAGCGUAGCGUGCGUUUUGAAGAGAAAAGCAGUUCUGUGGCAGGACUCGUUCAGCCCCCACCUGAAGCAGCACGCUCAAGACACAGCCAACCCCACCAUGCCUGUGGUACUGACAUCUGGCACAGGCUCGCAGGCUCAGCCACAGCCAGCUGCAAACCAGGCCCUUGCAGCAGGGACACACUCCAGCCCCGUGCCCGGAUCCAUAGGAGUGGCGGGGCGCUCCCAGGACGACGCCAUGGUGGAUUAUUUCUUCCAGAGGCAGCACGGGGAGCAGCUCGGGGGAGGAGGCAGCGGCGGCGGCGGCUACAACAACAGCAAACACCGCUGGCCCACCGGGGACAACAUCCAUGCAGAGCAUCAGGUGCGUUCCAUGGAUGAACUGAACCACGAUUUCCAAGCGCUGGCUCUGGAGGGACGGGCUAUGGGAGAGCAGCUGUUGCCGGGUAAAAAGUUUUGGGAAUCUGAUGAUUCCAGCAAAGAUGGACCAAAAGGGAUAUUUCUGGGAGAUCAGUGGAGAGACAGUGCUUGGGGAACAUCAGAUCACUCUGUUUCCCAGCCAAUUAUGGUGCAGAGAAGACCUGGGCAGGGCUUCCAUGUGAACAGUGAAGUGAACUCAGUGCUGUCCCCACGCUCUGAGAGCGGAGGGCUGGGGGUGAGCAUGGUGGAGUAUGUGCUGAGCUCAUCUCCUGGAGACUCCUGCCUAAGGAAAGGAGCAUUUGGGCCAAGGGAUGCAGAGAGUGAUGAGAAUGACAAAGGGGAUAAGAAAAGCAAGGGCACGUUUGAUGGAGAUAAACUGGGAGAUCUGAAGGAGGAGGGGGAUGUGAUGGAUAAAUCCAAUGGUUUGCCUGUCCAGAACGGGAUCGACGCCGACGUCAAAGACUUCAGCCGCACGCCCGGGAACUGCCAGAACUCGGCCAGCGAGGUGGAUCUGCUGGGCCCCAACCAGAACGGCUCUGAAGGCCUGGCCCAGCUGGCCAGCACCAACGGGGCCAAGCCUGUGGAGGAUUUCUCCAACAUGGAGUCCCAGAGCGUGCCCCUGGAUGCCAUGGAGCACGUGGGCAUGGAGCCGCUGCAGUUCGACUACUCCGGCACGCAGGUCCCCGUGGACUCGGCCGCGGCCACCGUGGGGCUCUUUGACUACAACUCCCAGCAGCAGCUGUUCCAGAGGCCCAAUGCACUGGCAGUGCAGCAGCUGACAGCAGCCCAGCAGCAGCAGUACGCCCUGGCUGCUGCCCACCAGCCACACAUAGCAGGUUUAGCUCCUGCUGCCUUCGUUCCCAACCCCUACAUCAUCAGCGCGGCGCCUCCGGGGACGGAUCCGUACGCGGCCGGGCUGGCGGCAGCUGCCACGUUAGGUCCAGCUGUGGUGCCUCACCAGUACUAUGGAGUCACUCCCUGGGGAGUUUAUCCUGCCAGCCUCUUCCAGCAGCAGGCGGCCGCCGCCGCCGCCGCCACCAACUCAGCCAGCCAGCAGAGCACGCAGCAAACGCAGCAGGGCCAGCAGCAGGUGCUCCGUGGAGGAGCCAGCCAGCGUCCCCUGACUCCCAACCAGAACCAGCAGGGCCAGCAGACGGAUCCUCUGGUGGCCGCCGCUGCCGUCAACUCCGCGCUCGCCUUCGGCCAGGGGCUGGCAGCAGGAAUGCCAGGUUACCCAGUGCUGGCUCCUGCUGCUUAUUAUGACCAAACAGGAGCCCUCGUGGUCAAUGCCGGGGCCAGGAACGGCCUGGGGGCUCCCGUGCGCCUGGUGGCCCCUGCCCCUGUCAUCAUCAGCUCCUCUGCAGCCCAGGCAGCCGUGGCGGCGGCCGCGGCGUCGGCCAACGGAGCAGCCGGGGGCCUGGCAGGGACCACCAACGGCCCCUUCCGGCCCCUGGGCACGCAGCAGCCGCAGCCCCAGCCCCAGCAGCAGCCCACCAACAACCUGGCCUCCAGCUCCUUCUACGGCAGCAACUCCCUGAGCAGCAACUCCCAGAGCAGCUCGCUGUUCUCGCAGGGCUCGGCCCAGCCCGCCAACACCUCGCUGGGCUUCGGCAGCAGCAGCUCCCUGGGAGCCACGCUGGGCUCGGCCCUGGGCGGCUUCGGCACCGCAGUGGCGAACUCCACCACGGGCAGCGGCUCGCGCCGGGACUCGCUGACGGGCAGCAGUGAGCUCUACAAGAGGACCUCGAGCAGCCUCACCCCCAUCGGGCACAGCUUCUACAACGGCCUGGGCUUCUCCUCCUCCCCCGGGCCCGUGGGGAUGCCCCUGCCCAGCCAGGGCCCCGGCCACUCGCAGACUCCUCCUCCCUCCUUGUCCUCACACGGAUCCUCCUCCAGCCUCAACCUGGGGGGGCUGACGAACGGCAGUGGCCGUUACAUCUCGGCGGCGCCGGGGGCGGAGGCCAAGUACCGCAGUGCGAGCAGCGCCUCCAGCCUGUUCAGCCCCAGCAGCACGCUGUUCCCGUCCUCGCGCCUGCGCUACGGCAUGUCCGACGUGAUGCCCUCGGGCCGCAGCCGCCUGCUCGAGGACUUCCGCAACAACCGCUACCCCAACCUGCAGCUGCGCGAGAUCGCCGGCCACAUCAUGGAGUUCUCCCAGGACCAGCACGGAUCCAGAUUUAUUCAGCUGAAACUGGAGCGUGCCACCCCAGCAGAGCGUCAGCUGGUGUUCAACGAGAUCCUGCAGGCAGCCUAUCAGCUCAUGGUGGAUGUGUUUGGGAAUUAUGUCAUUCAGAAGUUCUUUGAGUUUGGCAGCCUGGAGCAGAAGCUGGCGCUGGCAGAGCGCAUCCGUGGGCACGUGCUGUCCCUGGCCCUGCAGAUGUAUGGCUGCAGGGUGAUCCAGAAGGCCCUGGAGUUCAUCCCCCCAGACCAGCAGGUAAUUAACGAGAUGGUUCGGGAGCUGGACGGGCACGUGCUCAAGUGCGUCAAGGACCAGAACGGGAACCACGUGGUGCAGAAGUGCAUCGAGUGUGUGCAGCCCCAGUCCCUGCAGUUCAUCAUUGAUGCCUUCAAGGGACAGGUGUUUGCUCUGUCCACGCACCCCUACGGCUGCCGGGUGAUCCAGCGGAUCCUGGAGCACUGUCUGCCCGAGCAGACCCUGCCCAUCCUGGAGGAGCUCCACCAGCACACGGAGCAGCUGGUGCAGCAAUGUGGUGGAGAAGUGUGUGACGCACGCGUCGCGCACGGAGCGGGCCAUGCUCAUCGACGAGGUGUGCACCAUGAACGACGGCCCCCACAGUGCCUUAUACACCAUGAUGAAGGAUCAGUACGCCAACUACGUGGUGCAGAAGAUGAUCGACGUGGCAGAGCCGGCCCAGAGGAAGAUUGUCAUGCACAAGAUCCGGCCCCACAUCGCCACGCUGCGCAAAUACACCUACGGCAAGCACAUCCUGGCCAAGCUGGAGAAAUACUACAUGAAAAAUGGGGUGGAUUUGGGGCCCAUCUGCGGCCCCCCCAAUGGCAUCAUCUGAGCAGGGGCUGCUCCAGAGGCACUCCAGGAUCCCAGGAAUCCACCAGGAAUCCACCCCAGAACCCACCCACACCACCCGCCACGGUUGCUAAAAAAACACAAACAAAACCCAGAGGAAAAAAAGAAAAAAAAAAAAACAAGCAAAGAAAAGCAGAAAAAAAAAACCACAAAAAAAAAAAAAGAGAAGCCUUUGUAAAUUUCUUUAAUUUUAUUAUGCAUAACAUGUACUAAUUAUUUUUUUUAAUUAACUAAUUGCCCUGCUGUUUUACUGGUGUAUAGAAUUCUUGUACAUAGGUCUCAGAUGUACAUGGAAGGCCACAUUUUUGUUCACUGUUGUAUCUAUAUUCCAAAUGUGGAGACUUUCAGGGUGGUUGGUUCGAAGACAACAAACAAAACAGGAAAAAAACCCCUGUUUUUAAUUCAUCCUUUUUUGCAAAUACCUUUUUUUGGGGUUUUUUUUUCCUCCUUUUAGCCCAAAAAUCAGCAAGAAGUUGGAAUUUUAGUUCAGUGACACCACUGGUAGAAAUACUAAACAGAGAAAAAUUCAACUUGCUAAAGUUUGGUUUUAAACAAAGACACCAAAAUUCCGGUUUUGGGACUUUUUAAUGGCUUUAUUUCUAUUUUAUUUGUGACUGACAUGCUGAAGGAGGGAGCUUAGCUGGCGUUUUGAGAAAACACCUAGAGAUGAUCUAAAAGUGGAGGAUUUGGGGGGUUUUUUAUGCCCACUCCUCUGUUCACCUGGAGAGACACAAUUUGAUUAUUUAGCAUGAGGAAAAACAAAAAAAUCCAACUCGGCUUUGGUCUUGCUUCUAUAAAUAUAUAGUGUAUACUUGGUGUAGACUUUACAUAUAUAAAAAUUUGUAGUAUUUUCUUGUUUUGAUGUCUGAUCUGUAUCUAUAAUGUACCCUAGUAGUGGAACAUACUUCUGACUGUACAAUUGUACAUUUGUAAACCUCUGUAAUGUAAAUGUGGAGAAGUUUGAAUCGACAUAAAACCCGUUUUUUGGUAAGAAAACAGGAAAAAAAAAAGAAUUUAGCAAAACCUGUGCAUUUCAGUGUAUAUUCACACCUUUUAUGGUCGUAGCAUAUAGUGUUGUAUAUUGUAAAUUGUAAUUUCAACCAGAAGUAAAUUUUUUCUUUUGAAGGAAAUGUUCUCUUUAUACAGCCUAGUUAAUGUUUAAAAACAAAAAAGGAAGAAAAAUAAACUGCUUGGUUUUAUUUGUCACCUAGUUGGACGGUAGAGAUCCUUUCUAAAUGUUCUACAGACCUGAUUCAGUUCCAAAUAGUGUUUUUUUGAAUCUUACAAAGUAAUGUUUUGCUUCUUUUGUGACAGUAAGAAACAAAAAGUGCAAAAGUACAGCCCCCUCCUAGUUUUCCUUACAAUCAGAGCCCCUUUUCACCUUGUAAAGUGUGAAUCACCUCCCCCUUUUUUGUACAGAAGAUGAACUGUAUUUUGCAUUUUGUCUACUUGUAAGUGAAUGUAACAUACUGUCAAUUUUCCUCGUUUGAAUAUAGAAUUGUAACACUACACGGUGUACAUUUACAGAGCCUUGUGUAUAUUUCCAAUGAACUUUUUUGCAAGCACACUUGUAACCAUAUGUGUAUAAUUAACAAACCUGUGUAUGCUUCUGCCUGGGCGACUAUUUUUUGUAACUCUUGUGUAGAUUGUCUCUAAACAACGUGUGAUCUUUAUUUUGAAAAAUACAGAACUUUGGAAUCUGG